AUCGCUUCAUUCGUAUGUCGAACGUCAAACAGUGCGCUUCGUGUGUUCCCAUCGGUCGUGUAUUUCAUUCUCUCUCCCUCGUCGUCUCGGCUACGAUAUUGUGUCGUUGAUGAUAUUGCUAUUAUUCCGAGCUUCGAGCUUCGGGGGGACACAUUCAGCAGUACCUACUGUGUCGCGAACCAUUUCGCAAUCUCGUUUUCUAGAAAAUAAAUUCGUUUCGGUGUGUGUUUGCUAAAACUUUUGGCUAAACGAGUGUUAAUUGUGAAACUUUUUGCGAGUGAAUUUUAUUGUUUACACACAGUUUCCCGUGACAAAGAAUAUACCAAAUCGUGUGCGUUCGUGUUGGUAGUCAUAAAGCAGAAAAAAAAUCGUCGUUUACAACGUAGUGCGAAGUAAUCAAUUCUUCACUUAUGGAGUGUUAACUUAUUGAUAAAAUCAUACACCGACGUAACACAUUGCAAUGGAAUAUCGUGAUAAGAAGUGUGUAUGUUGAAGGAGCGAACAGCAGCAUAGGAGAAAAAAAACAAGCCAAGUGACCUUAGUCCGGAAAGGAGAAGCACAAAGUUGCUGAAUGAAUUUCAUUAAUGUCUUUGCCUUGAAACCCAUUACAUCGAUUUUUAUACGGCAAAUCAUACGAGUGACUUACGUGUGCAAUAGUGUUAGUUUAUGUGAAGUUCUGCGGGGCGUCGAGCAGUGAACAAAAGCAAACAAAAAGAACAAGUGUCUGUGCCACACAUUCGUCGUCACAAUGAGGAAUAACAUCAGCAACAAUAACAUGGAAUCAUUUUACGAGGAUAACAACACCCCGCAAUUUGUGCCCUCGUCGAAUCAGGCACCAACGAGGAAUGGCCUGAAGCGACCGGCGACGCUCGAGCUGAAUCCGGGCAAAUCCCGCAAGGCACGCUUCAACGCCUCGGUGACGGCACCUCCGGUGUUGACCUCGCCAGACCUGCAAGUGCUGAAACUCGUCUCGCCGGAACUAGAGAAGAUAAUAAUCAACAACGCCGCCCUGCCCACGCCUACACCGAGCAGUAUUCUCUACCCGACGAAGGCGACCACCGAACAGGAACAAUUUGCCAAAGGAUUCGAUGAAGCGCUGCUCUCGAUGCAUGAGAAAGACAACAUCAAUAAGAUGAUCAUCAACAACAAUAACAACAACAAUAACAGCAAUAACAAUAAUAACAACACCACGGCUGCGAAUACAAACAGCACGACUUCCGUCGCAGCAGCAGCAGCAGCAGCAUCAACUGUCGCAACCGUGACUACAUCCUCUCACAAUACGAUGAGUGGUGGUGACAUCACGUACACUGACCUCGACAACUACCCGGGAGUGAUAAAGGAAGAGCCUCAGAUAGUCCCCCAAUCGCCUCCGGUCAGCCCGAUCGAUAUGGAGAAUCAGGAACGCAUCAAGCUGGAACGCAAACGGCUACGGAAUCGGGUGGCAGCUUCAAAGUGCCGCAAACGGAAGUUGGAACGUAUUUCGAAGCUCGAGGACAAAGUGAAAGAACUCAAAUCCCAGAACACCGAACUGUGCAGUAUCGUUUUCAACCUAAAACAGCAUGUUAUCCAGCUUAAGCAGCAAGUGAUAGAGCAUCACAACUCGGGAUGCACUAUCACGCUGACAGGGAAAUUCUAAUCGUUCCAAGCAAGGAACCUUCUUCACUUACUCUGAUCAGUAUCGAUCGCACACAGGAAUUAUUUAUUUACAUAUGAACCCUUUGAAAGCCCAACACCCCCUGUAUUUCUCUCUCCCUAUUUAAGAUACUUAGUGAACAUACAUAAGUUAUCGAUAGCUUACCGCUUAUAUUAUGACGAACAGAAAUGCCUUACUAGUUGAAACGAGCGUUAGUGUUAACCAUUAGAUCGUAAGUAAAUUACCUACGAGCGGAUAUAAAAAAACAUUUAGAUUUGUGUUGCAAGAUGAUCAAUUACAAUUACAAACAAGCAAACAAGAUAAUUCUAGUCUUCAUGCAAACAAUGAAAUUGUAAGCGUUUUGUUUGUUUUUUUUUAUUUCUUUUUUUGUUUUCACGUAAAUGAUGAAAUUCGAAUGUGUCAUAAACAUCGAAGCGAGUUUUGUACCAAAUAUUGUGGUUGUUUGGUUUCAAAGUAUUAGCAUGUAAGCAGUAUAUAUGUAUAGAAAUCAAAUUGUUAUUUUUUUAGUUGCAUGGAUUGCAAUAAAGUCAUAAUUAUGAAAUGCAAUAUGUACAACAAACUCUUUGUUUCAGAUUAUAACUUUAUAAUAAGUACAUUUAGGAAUUUUUAUUACGAUCGAUCCAUGCGAAAGAACGAAAGUUAGGUAUCGCUAAAACUGCAAUUGUACAGAUUUAAAAUUUAUUUACAAUAAAAAAUUAGCCGUAUUUUUCUGUUUUU